ACUGUGCAAUUUGUUUUAAAUAAUUUAAUCCUUGUGCAUAUGUAACAUAAUGUGUUUAUCGGAGUAUUUAAGAUAGUUUAUGUUUUUGGUAUCGUCGCACGAGCAGUCCGCUAGAAAAACGCGACAUAGUCAUUUAAAAUGGCGCCAAAGAUUAACCUCAGCCAGUGGAUAGCUGGUAAACAUGUCACACUGUACCCUGCUGGUUAGCCCCUAAAAUAUUAUAUUACUGUUCUCAUUUUAAUUAAUACUUUUUAUUUAUAUAUUCGUACUGACUUCUGCAUAGUUUGUUUGAAUCAAUACAUGACCCCUAACCUUUGACAGAUAGCUGGCUGUGACUGGGUUUUAAUGAGGGGCACCGUAAGCAAUGUUAGCAACUGUGGCUAAUGCUAAACACAAACCACUGUAACUGACGUGUAGCCUCCAGCUAGCACACUAUCUGAUGUUGCUAACCCUUAGCGUCAGCUAAAAUCAGGCAUAUUUUUAUUUUGCUAGUGUAAAAAUGUCUUAUGUAAACCGAAUUAUAGUGUGACGUGUGUAUAACACACUGUAGUUCGUUAUGUCUAUUCAAUUUGAAAACUGUAAUAAUUCUAAUACUAAAAGUAUUUUUAUUUGAAGUGUAUGGGUGGGCCCGCAAGUUGCAUAACGACAGUAAGGGGAUUAGCAAUCAAGCUAACAUUAGGUAGCUAAAAUCUGAUAAAAAAAAAAAAAAAAAAAAACUUCAAGACGGCCAACCUAAACGUUACAUUUAUAUCAACGGAACACUCCACUGUGUUCUGUUUAUAUAACAGUGUUGCCAGCGUAAUAAGCGUUUCUCUGCUCAGUGCUAUUAGCUGCUAGCAGUUUUCUGCUGUCAUAUUGCUAGAAGGCGGUGUUAGACAAACCGGUGGAUAACUUGAGUUUAGCCUAGCCGGCUAGGUUUGGAUAGCAUCUUUAUCCCUGUACAGAUCUCAGGACAUUUCUCACUGUAGGGAGAUAAUUGUUCACUUUGACAUUUACAACUAUCUGCCAGAAGAUCUGUUGAACUGUUGAUGCUGCAUGUGAAAACUUGUCGCCACCUGGAUCCUUAUAGUGAUGUGUUCACGUCCCUGACGCUGUGAGAUCACCAAGGAAACAGUGUCAUCACGCCAGAGCUCCAGAGACCGACAACAAUGAAGCGAAGCAGGCAUCCUAGCAGCAGUGAUGACUCGGACAAUGGAAGGCCUAGACAGAGAAAGAGAAAGAAGGGCAGCAAAUGGACAAAGAUAAAAGGAAAGCAAAAGAAGGUCCACAGUAUAAGAGAGAGGAGACAGAGUAGGGACAGGAGACGGAUUUGGACCUUUAAUGACGUCCUGGCAGGUAACUCAACCUGCUGGUCUCAACAUUCAUCGCAGCAUCGGAGGGGGACGGGGCAGAAACCGUCUGAGGUUUUCAGGACAGAUUUGAUCACAGCCAUGAAACUGCAUGACUCAUAUCAGCUGAACCCCGAGGACUACUAUGUGCUCGCUGACCAGUGGAGGCAGGAGUGGGAGAAGGGGGUCCAGGUUCCCGUCAGUCCCCAGUCCAUCCCACAGCCUGCAGCCAGAGUAUUGGCAGAGAAAGGAAAGGAGGUCAUGUUCAUCAAGCCGAAGAAGCUGAUCCGAACGUCAGGCUCCGAGGCGCUCGGAUACGUGGACAUCCGGACGCUGGCGGAAGGGAUGUGCCGCUACGACUUAAACGAAGAAGACGUUGCCUGGCUGAAGAUCAUAAAUGGGGAGUUUGCAGAGAUGGCCUUGCCGCCGCUGGACGAGAUCACUAUGGAGCGGGUGAUGGAGGAGUUUGAGCGCUGCUGCCAUGAAAACAUGACGCACGCUGUGGAAACGGAGGAAGGGCUGGGCAUCGAAUACGACGAGGACGUGGUGUGUGACGUCUGCCAGUCUCCGGACGGGGAGGACAACAACGAGAUGGUGUUCUGCGAUAAGUGUAACAUCUGCGUUCACCAGGCCUGUUACGGCAUCCAGAAAGUCCCAAAAGGCAGUUGGCUGUGCCGGAUCUGCGCACUCGGUAUCUUCCCAAAGUGCCAGUUGUGUCCUAAAAAGGGCGGCGCCAUGAAGCCCACCCGAAGUGGAACGAAGUGGGUCCACGUCAGCUGUGCCUUGUGGAUUCCAGAGGUGAGCAUCGGGAAUCCAGAGAAGAUGGAGCCGAUCACCAAUGUGUCCCACAUUCCCAGCAACAGAUGGGCUCUGAUCUGCUGCCUGUGCAAAGAGAAGACGGGAGCCUGUAUACAGUGCUCAGCGAAAAACUGCCGGACUGCCUUCCACGUAACGUGCGGCCUGCACGCCAGCCUUGAAAUGAACACUAUCCUCACAGAGGACGACGAGGUGAAGUUCAAGUCGUAUUGCCCCAAACACUCUGGGCUCGAAGGUACCGAGUCAAGGGACCGAGACUCAGGAGACGAGGAGGAAAAAGACAGUGUUAGAGACAAGAAGAGAAGGAGGAAAGGCAGGAUGAGGGGGGAGGAAGACGCUGGCGGCUACUCUUCAUCUUCCUGCGUUGCUCCUCAGCUUAUUGACAAAUCACCCACCAGCCAGGAGGAGAAGAGAGUCAACCUCCGCAAGCUGAAGCUGCAGGAGAUGGAAGAGGAGUUCUUCCAGUUUGUGGAGGUGGAGGAGGUAGCCAGUAACCUGAAGCUGCCACCGGAGGUGGUGGACUUCCUCUACCAGUACUGGAAACUGAAACGCAAAGCCAACUUCAACCUGCCGCUACUCACGCCUAAGAAGGACGAGGAGGAGAGCCUGGCUCGCCGUGAGCAGGAGGUGCUGCUGCGCCGCCUGCAGCUCUUCACCCACCUCCGACAGGACCUGGAGAGGGUUCGUAACCUGACGUACAUGGUGACGCGGAGGGAGAAGAUGAAGCGCUCACUGUGGAGAGUCCAGGAACAGAUCUUCCAGCACCAAGUCCAACUGCUCGACCACGAGCUGCUCAGCGGCGAUCCUUCAGCAAAGGAUCUGGAGAAGCUCUUCUCUCUGGGCUGGUUAUCCUCUCAGGGCUCCCAGUCUAGCUCCUCCUGGAGCCACUCUGGACUGAAAACCAAACGAGGCUCGCUGAAGCGGGAAAGGAGAAAAAGUAGUGAAAGAAAAAGCCAGCCUGAAUCGUCGCACACUCACAAGAAAGACAAUCAGAGCAAGCCACUGGAGAUGAAGGAGAGCAAAAGCUCCCGAAUCAAAGAGGCCGUGUCCACAGAGGCCACAGGCAAUGCCCAAAUCCACAAGUCGGACAUGAGCCUAGGGGGGCCGUUCACAAAGCUGCAGAAGCCAGAGGCCAUUCAGGAAACUACUGCCGUCAAACUACACAAGCCUGAAAGCAGGAAAGGCCCCAGAAAGGAGGCUCCAGGACCAGAACAUGAAGUUCUACUGAGACAGGAGCAGGAGGAUAGAGGACGGAAGAGGAGGAGCGACGUCACAGAGAGCUUCUCCUGCCAGGUAAAGAACAAGUUUGGCUCCAAACACCUGGAGAAGACAGUGUCUAUCCGGCUGGUGGAUAUCAGAAACUCGGACUCAGAUGAAUAUUUCAUCGAUGAAGGAAUGACCAAAAGAAACUCUGUCUCCCUGGAAGUGACUCCCAACACUAAGUUUAACACCAACGGCUGGCUGAGAAAAGCCCCGAACAACAGCUCUCACACCCCCAACGGACCCGUGGCCGGACAUCUGAAAAGCUGGGGGAGGUUCCGGAUCCCUAAACGGAGCGAGAAGCCUCCCAGCGCAGCUUUGAAGACGCAGGAGGCGGAGCCACACAAGCCGCUGCUUAGACCGCUGACCAACACGCCGGAGCCGUCGUACCCCAGGACUCGACACCGCACAGGGACGGAAAACAACGGAUACGCCUCCGACUCCAAAUCAGGCGACGGCGAGCUGGAGCCCUGCUUGAAACGGUGCCACUCCCACGAGCUGAGGGGCGACUCGUCUCUGGGACGGCGCUACGGGUCCGACAUCAUCCGCCGAGGCGUGCUGGCCUCCUGAUGGCGGAGCAACACUUACAAUAAGCUGCACUGUGUUAGUCGGAAAAGAACGAUGUCGCUCUUUGUACCUUUAUUUUUCUUGAGAAAUCCUAAAGAUGGCUAGAAUAAAAACAGAGCUGAUAUUUAUUUUUUACGUGUAACAUAAUGUAAAACUGGGAAAUAUUUCUUUAUUUCGAGCUAGUUUAUAUUUUGAUUUUUAUUCCCUUAAAGUAGAAAGAUGUCAAGUUGCCACUUAAACGCUUGCUCCGAUAUUUACAAGCAAAAGCAUCAACUAGGGAGGGGAUGUGAUUGUUGCUUGGGACCAUAAGCUUGCAAUGUAACUUGUGUUUAAUCCAGUAUUAAAGUCGGCCACGAGUCAGUUGCACACCGUUUUAAAAAAACAGCUUAAACAGAUAAUCCUGAUCCUGACAGCUAAUAGGAGCCAAAACAUGACGUCAAACUGCCCUUUUAUCGCUUUUUAACCUCAUCAGGCUGCAGCCAUAAAACAUGAUAAACUGGGGCUCUGCAAACAGAAAAGGAGCCAAGAAUUUUUCUUCUCAUCAGCACUUAAGUGUAAUUGAACCGCGAUCAUAUCCAUCAUGUGCCUAACUUUGAUUUGAAGCGUUUGCACUACGAGAGGAUGGCACAGUGUGAGGAAUGAGAAAAGUUAUUUUUACACUGAAAAAACACGCAUUUUGUACCCUCGGCCGCUGCUGUACUACUGUUAUGCAAAGUGAAUUUUUUGGGUUGUCUUGAACAGGAAUAAAAACUGAAGUCUGA